UCGGCCCUGGAGGUGAUCACUGUGCUUCUCGACCACGUGCUUGCAGUUGUUUUCUCCCAGCCUCCGCUAGCUUGCUGCUGCCAAUGAUCGGUCCCAGCAGCGCAGCAUCCAGCCUUCACACCGGACGGUGAGUCGCUGAGUGAGGGAGCAGAGCCGCCGUUUCUCCGCUACGUUUCCAUCUUUUUUUCCCACUUUGUUUACAGUGUGAAGAGUGGCUCAGCGGAGACAUUUUGGGACUUUCGUUCUGGACAACAUUUUACAUCUCUCGAAUAACAAGUGGAAUUAAGCCUUUGGGGAGCACAGAGGAGGUUUGGGAGGAUGAACCCCCAGUGUGCCCGCUGUGGGAAGAUUGUCUACCCGACGGAGAAAGUCAGCUGCCUGGACAAGAACUGGCAUAAAGGAUGCUUCCACUGCGAGGUUUGUAAGAUGACCCUGAACAUGAAGAACUACAAAGGCUACGACAAGAAGCCCUACUGCAAUGCACAUUACCCCAAGACGUCGUUCACCACCGUGGCCGACACACCAGAGAACCUGAGACUGAGACAGCAGAGUGAGCUACAGAGCCAGCACGUGGAGAUGAAAACAAACGCCCAGGUGUGUCAGUGGAAGCUGCUCCGACUGCUUCCUGGAGACCAACAGGCCCAUCCUCCAUGA